AUGGCAUACACCGGGGGCGCCGACACCCUCGUGCGCAUUUGGCGGACGGACCAGGGCCCCGACCAGGAGCCUGACAUCGCGAUCGACGCGGUGGAGGGCGUGACGUGUGUAGUUGAAGGAAAAGACUGCUGGCUCAGCGGAAGUGAGGAUGCGGAGGUUAGGAGAUACCUGAAGGGCAAAACGGAGCUUGACGGGCUGGUGACCAGCGUGGUCGGUGUGUCCGUAAGGAGCCUGGCUAUCGACCUGAAGGGGAACCGAGUUGCCGUCACUUCUGACGAUUCCAAUGUCAAGCUCAUUGACCUUGACAAUACGUCCAGCAUUUGUCUGCUCUCGGGGCACAGCCGGGGAGUUAGACGUUCAACCUGGCAUCCAUCCGGUUCUAUUCUUGCUACUUCCGGUUCCGACGGCCUCCUCAUCCUGUGGGAUACCUCAUCCUCGAAAGUAUCUCCCAAUGCACCCCCUUCCAUCCUGCACAAGAUUGACGGUAUCAUCCCCAAAGUGGUAGACACCGAAUCGCCCGAAUUCAUGCACGACUGUUCUGCAGUCUGGCACCCUUCCGGCAGCAGUUUCUUCGUCGCCAGCCGCACACACGACGUAGUGCAAAUAAGCAAGGAUGGGUGGAACAAGACGGCCACAUUCACCGAUGAGAAUGGAUUCGGAGCGUAUACUGCGCUAGCACUCAGCCCAAACGGCGUUUACCUCGCGGCUGCAUCCCAAACAGGUGUAUGCGUCUGGUCUUGCCAAUCCCGAUGCGCACUGUUUCGAUUCUCGACAAACCCUGCGGCACCCGUGCUUCAGCUUGCCUUUUGCCCAACUAAGAACAUCCUAGCUUGGGUUGACGCCGACGGCGGGUUCUCGCGCGUUCCGGGAGCCAUACCUACUACCAACCCUGAUCCAGUCAAACCACCCCCAGGUAUGAUUGCCCACCGGACUGAACGCUCCAAGUCCGACCUUCUGGGUUUAUUCGAUGACGAGGCUACGCCUGCUUCUCCCCGCAAAGGGAAAGCAGAUGAGGAAGAUGCUGGCGAAGAUAUCAAUAUGGUAGACCUGGAUGACGACAACUGGAUUUUAGACGACUUAGGGGAAGGAGCGUACAAAGGUGACAAUGACGAGGCCGAGACAGACAAAGGGAGGGAUAGGGCAAGCGUGAGGGAGAUGGUGAGUGUGACAAAGGCACAACCGCCAUUCCAGCCUGGAUCCACGCCAAUGGAGAAUCGAAAGCGAUAUCUCGCGUAUAAUACGAUCGGAGUCAUCGAAGUCACCGACCAGGACACGCACCAUAUCGUGAACGUAGAGUUUCACGAUCGCUCUACCCGGAAAAGCUACCAUUUCCAGGAUCAUUUCAAGUACGACCGCGCGGCCAUUGGCGAACGCGGCGCAGUGUUCGCUUGUCAACCUGAGAACGAACACCCGGCGCAUGUGAUCUAUAAGCCAUAUGGGACGUGGGCAUCACAAUCAGAGUGGACGUACGAACUACCGCAAGGCCAGCGGGUUCUGGGUGUCGCGGCGGGCGGGCCACCUCCUACGAAAAGCUUGAGGGUAAUGAGCGACGGCGACUUGCAGGGUAACGGGUUCGUGGUCGUUGCCAGCAGCGCAGGUGACCUCACGUUCCUCAGCGGAGGAGGCGUGGAGCUCCAUUGCAUCGGUCUUGAUGGUGACUUUGUGAGCCUGGUUGCUGGGCCAGGGUGGGUGCUUGUGAUCCACAGAGAAGGCAGCACCACUAUGGAUGGAUCGCAGAACCUGAAAAGCACGUUAAUCAGCAGCGAUGAUUUCUGUGUCCUACAGGAGAAGAGGCUUCCGAUACCCAAGGGGCACACACUGAAAUGGGUGGGUGUCACGGAGGAAGGGGUUCCCGCUAUAUACGAUUCCUCUGGCAUGCUGCAUAUCAUGCCUCGCUUCCGUGUCCCAUUGCGUGCGGUUUGGUCGCGCCUAUUGGACACAAAUGCUCUUGAUCGCCGGCAGGGCAAGGAUGAGUCCUACUGGCCCGUCGGCGUCACGAAGGACACAUUCAUGUGCCUGAUCCUGAAAGGAAGACAAGAGCAUCCCGGUUUCCCCAGGCCGUUGAUUCAGGAGGUGGCCUUGAAGCUGCCGUUCAGACGGGUGGACAAGGAUGGCAAGGAUGCAAGCUUGGAGGAGCACUUUGCUCGGGAGACUAUGAUGAUAAACGUUGCCCGGGACGCGCUUGGUGACGACCUGACCACGGAGGACAUCUCCAAACGCGAACUCGCUCUCGACAAAGAGCUCAUCCUGCUCCUCCAAGGCGCUUGCAAGAACGACAAGCUCGCGCGAGCGAUAGAUCUAGUGAAGUUGUUGCAUCACAACGCUUCCUUCGACACGGCGGUUCGCGUCGCGCAAUUCUAUCACUUGCCCGGGUUGCAGGAGAAGAUCGAGGCGCUCAAAGAAGACCGAGAAGAAGAAGAUCGGCUCGUGUCAGCAAGAGACAAACGAAGGGCAUGGGCGUCGGAUGUGGCGCCCAUCCCGGACGCAAGGUUGCCUUCGGAGCGAGGAAGGAUUCAUGGUCAGCGGAGCAAACCGUUCCAGGACUUCGGGCCUGCGCCACCAAUUCAUAGACCAGGAUUGAGCAGGGCGACGCCUGCCGUAGAUGGUCCUCACGGCCAGCAAAAUGGUAGACGGAGGUCUCCCGAGCUUGAGCUUGAGAAUGAGGUCAUGGAUGUUACGCCCGAUGGAAAGAGGAAACGAUCUGGGACUGGACUAGAUGAAACUCUGGAUAGCGAGCCGAAACGAAGAGCAAUGGACCCUCCAGGGCCCAAACCGAGUAGGUACCUUCGCUCGACGUUGGACAUGCGGGUAUUCAUCGUCGUAUAG